CCACAAACCCUACAUUAAAUGUCAUCACGAAGGUCAUCAUCACGAACACAUCAACCACAUGUUCAAGAACCUGCAUUAACUCCUUCUGAAGUUUCAAGUGAAGUUUUUGAAUCAACUGAUGAUGAUUUCUCCUUUUUAGUUUUGUAAUACCUUAUAUGUAAAAGGGCUACAAAUAUAGAUCGAAAUUAUUUAUUAGAAAAAAUGAUAUGAAAGAAAAGGGAUGUAUGUGAAAUUUUGUUGCAUGUAGGUGAAGCCAAAGGGGAAUAGAGUGUUGUAGUACUAGUUCAUCUGAAUCUAAUGCUUUUGACAUAAAGCAUAAAUUUAUGUAUAAACCUUCUUUAUUGUUCAAAUAAUAGAUCUAAUCUAGUAAUUUUAAACUA